AUGGCAAAAAGCAAGAAUCAUACUAAUCAUAAUCAAAACCGCAAGGCUCACCGAAAUGGUAUUAAAAAGCCUAAAACAUACCGAUAUCCAUCUCUGAAAGGAGUUGAUCCAAAAUUUCUUCGUAAUCAGCGUUAUGCUAAGAGGGGUACAUACCAAGCUCUGAAAGAAGCAAAAGCCGCUGCAUAG